UCCUCUCCAGCGGUCCCCAUGGUAACGCACAGGGUAGAGCAGCUUAGCAACACGGAGACCGAGAGGCAGCAUCCCUGGUCCAGGCAGAGCGACAGCAGCGAGAGGACAACAGCAGCAGCAGCAGCGCCUGGCAAACUGCCGUGAAUCUGCUGUGCUCGCAAUGAAGUUCGUGGUGGUUCUUGUUGGAGCGGGAACUCUGGCCUUCCUCGGGGCGGCCAUCUGCAUCAUCGCCAGCGUUUAUCCGCGAAAACGCGCCGCGCCUGUCAGCGACAACACCACCCUGGCAUCGGAGACGCUGCUGGAGCCCCUGGAGCCGGGAUCGGUGGCUCACGCCGGGCCGCUGGGCGCUCUGCACGGCGCCGAGUCGUACGAUGGAGGGAACGGACUCGGAGGAAUCGGCCUGGAGGUGCCCACUCUGAACGAGCUCAACCUCGGGGAGCAAACAGGGGGAGGAUCGACCAAACAGUUCAGCUUCAGCCGACUCAUCUGCACUCCUGUCCCGGUCGGAGAAUGUAAAACCAAAGACCUGAGGCAGCGGCGGCAGCAGCAGCAGCAGCAGGCGGAUGAGCCGCUGUACGGAAACGGGGAUGAAGACCUCCGGACCACCGCGGAGGAGCUCCGGCAGAUGGUCCUGCAGCAGAACGAUCAGAUCCUCAUGGACCAGAGGACCAUCCGGGAGCUGACCGGGAAGCUAAGCGAGUGUGAGAGCGGCCUGGAGGACGAGAGGAGCGUCCCGGAGCGGAGCAUCGGGGUCUGGAGCGGGAACCGCCGCGUCAUGGCCGGGGAUGAUGUGAGCUCCUCCGCCGCGGCGCAGCUGCAGACGGCGCGGGCCGUGGAGGAGCUGGCCCGGGCCAUCAUGGACCUGAAGGACCGCAUCGAGAAACUCGAGGCAGAGAUCGGUCCUGCUGCCUUGAACCUCUCCGACACAUCCGUGGGUGCAACAAGCAGCAGCAGCAGCGGCAGCAGCCCUCCUGGUAACGCCGGCAAAGCUCCGGCCCCACCCACCGGCAGUGCUUCCUCCCCACCUGCCGGCGCUGCCCCAGGGGCCCGCCGUCCCGCUUCCCCAGCCUCCCCUGCCUCACCUGCCCCCAGGCCUCCCGCCAAGGGUUCCCCUGGGCGUGGAAAGGGCACCUGGAGGGUGGAGGACCUGGAGGGAGAGCUGGAGAGAAAAAUAAAGAUGUUGGAAAAGGAGCGUCAGGCCAUGAGAAAGGAGACGCAGGGCCAACAUGAGAAGAUCAACCAGGGGAUUGAUACCGUCAACCACCGCGUCACUGAGCUGGAACACACACUGACUGAACCGCCGUUCCCUGACGGCUUCGUCCUGUCCUUCCCCAUGCGGACCAACUACAUGUACGGCCUGGUCAGGAAAGAGAUAACUGAGAUGUACGCCUUCACUGCCUGCGUAUGGCUCAAGGCCAAAGAAGGAGGCAUCGGGACCCCGUUCUCCUACUCUGUGCCGGGUCAGCCCAAUGAGCUGGUGCUGCUUCAGGGAGUCCACAAUCCCGUGGAGCUGCUCAUCAACGACAAGGUGGCACAGCUGCCUCUGUCUCUACCGCAGGACGAGUGGCAGCACAUCUGUGUCAGCUGGACCCUGAGGGACGGGGUGUGGAAGGCCUACCAGGGGGGCAAGAUGAAGGGCAGGGGAGAGGGACUGGCUGCCUGGCAUCCCAUCAAACCUGGGGGUGUGCUCAUACUGGGACAGGAGCAGGAUACGUUGGGCGGGCGUUUUGAUGCCUCCCAGGCCCUGGUUGGUGAGCUUUCCCAGUUCAACCUGUGGGACCGGGUGCUGAAGCCUGCAGAGGUGGCUGCCCUGGCUGAGUGUAGCUCCUCAGCUCUGGGGAACAUCGCCCCCUGGACCGACCAUGACGUGGAUGUCUACGGUGGAGCCACCAAGGAGUCCCUGGACCCAUGCCAUGCUGCUCAGAGGUCCAGCCCCUCCAACCCCAAACAGUGAAGGGUGACUGGGAGAGGUCAGCCAAGGGCGGUCGUGUUCGAUAGGGCAAUUUAGGAGUCCAUUCAGGAGUUUAAAGUUGUAUCAAAUUGGAGUUUACAGCAUAUUUACUUGUUCCUGGCUGGGAAGGUGGACUGAAAGAUGGCGCUAUUAAGUCGUUAAGAGUGGUGUAUCUGUUUUGUUCUUUGUGUUGAUGUCCACGCUCAUGUGUUUACUUCUGCAGUGAGAUACAGUGCGUUUAGUCACAGAAUCAACUUAGUGAAGGCUGCAUGGGGCAAUCAACUUCUGGCAUGAACAGUUUCAAUGGAGACACUAAAUAACAGAUUAUCGAUCGGAUCUAGUACCACUUUCUGUUUUAGGGAAUAGUUUGUUGGGCCAGUAAACCAUACAUGAUUAUUCAGGCAAAGAUUCUUGAUGGGUUUGAAUACAGUCAUAGAAUUAACCUUUACUGACGCCAUAUCUAAGGGUUUCGCCAUUUUACAACAAAGUGACACAAAGUUCGGUCUUUGCUCAUCUUGUGUCCAGUUGGUUGUUUUAAAUGCUACAACUGAUUUCUGAGAUGUUCUUGUGGUAAUGUUGAUUUUAUCACUCAAUGGGAAAACAAUGGGAAACAAAAUGAGUUUUUGUUGUUCAUUUUAACUGUAUAUGAUCCUGUUGAAUAAUGUCUGUGUGCUCUUAAGUUUUCUAUAUUGCAUACCAUAAUUUGGUAAAACAGUGGUCUUAUAAAUGUAUAAUGUGUAAUGUACCUCUGCUAAUGUUGCUCUGUACCAGUCUGCUCCCCCUGCUGUAGCCUCUCACACACCUCACUAAGCAAAGUUGCAGCAUUUUGCUUUGCAACGUAGACAAAGCAGCGCUCUCAAUGGACCUCUGGAAUAAACAUUUCAUGUCUAACUAAGCACUAAUCAGACACUGAUAUAAUGAUGAUAAAAUCGUUGUACGCUUGAAUGUAAACCAGAUGGAAUUUAGGUGUGUUUGCAUGAGUGUUUUCUGCAAAGUCACAUUUCUUGUCAAAAAAAAAAAACAAAACUAAACAUGCAAAUUACAUUUUUUGUGUCCCCAGACUGCCUCACAGCACACUUUAGUGAUGUGUUUUUGGUCAAAGUGUCCUCACAGACAGCGAGGGAACAGUCCGAAGAUUCCAUGAUGAAUAUAUAAUGAUGUGUAUGUAAUAGUUGGCUCUGUGCAGAGGAACAGUCUGAAAAGAAGUUCUUUUACCAACAAGCACACACUGACAAUUUGGAGUCGACCCACACAGAAGUGUCUGGGUCUGCUAUCGUUAGGCGACUGUAAAUUCAUGCUUCUGUUAUUAUUUUAAUGAAAUGUGUUAGAAACAGCAGAAACUAUGUUAUCUGUCUUCUUUGUUCCAAAACACAUUUAAUGCCACAUAUACAUCAUGCAAACAUUUAUAUCGGAAAGACUCUAAUAGUGGAUAUUUAUUAAAGAGACAGUUAGUAAAAUGUUCAGCAUAAUCCAAAUCAUUUCAUAAGGCUUCUUGACAUUUCCCUUGAAUUACCUGUUUUGUUUGUUUUUUAAAAUUUUACAGCACAGUCUCUUUAUAAUCAACCUUUAUAGCUAUUUGUCACAUUUACCACUUUGGUGUUAAUAUAAUCUAUAUUUAAUAAUAAUAAGAUUGCAAAUUAAUGACAGAAUAAAGACGUGUUUAUGUCAUACCAGUAAAAAAAAAAAAGUAACUGAGGGUAACUGUCACAUUACAAUGUAGACUCUGACCACAUCUGGAUAUUUGGGGCCAAUGCUGGUACUAUUUUAAGGCAGAAAAAACAUUCUGAUAUCAAUACACUGGCAGAUAUUUUUGUACAUGUGCAUAUAUUUAUACAUUCAGUAAGUUAUAUAAUAUUAUAUUGAAAAAUGAAGGAAAAAUGAUUGAUCAUUUGUUUAUUAACUGUCCAGCAGCGUAUUUCACAACUACAAAUACAAACCUAUCAUAAAGACACCACUUGACUCCACACCACCGUCUGCUCAGCUAUGAUACAUACUCUGCUACAUGUGCUGCAGACAGUGCUGAGUAUUGCUCAGUAUUGUAAACGAUGGAGGAUGAACUGCUCUGCUGAACAAACUAUCAUUUCUAAAUUAGCCCAAGCAUCUUAUUCUGCAUUAUGUUCAGUGCAUAUAUGACAACAUGUGUGCUGAUACUGAUUUGAAUAGAUGAUUUUCUACGACAACCACUGCAAUGACUGAGUUUUGCUUGAGCCAGCCGUGGCUUUAGAUAGACUGCUCACCUGAAACUCUGAUGCUCUGUACACCACAUUCUUGGGAUUAGAUUGUCACUUUUCCUUUGAAUAUGCUCCGUGAAAUGACAAUAUUCCUCCAAUGUUUUGCAUCUGAUUUGCAUCUUUGCUAGCAACAACAAAACAGAUGGAAUGUGCUGAAUGUCUUGCUUCGUGUUCACAGUGGACAUCGUAGGAACAGAAGGUAGAGGAAGCCAGACACACUGUGAGGGCUGAGGGUUUGAUUCUCACUUUGGCCAACUACACUAAAAAUGUAACCAGUCAACACUGUGCAGCAAAAUGAACUGUGGUCAAGAUACAGUCAGUACUUCUGUUCACUUAUUACCUCAAGACAUCAGCCCCACAUAUGAUCUGACACCUUGUUGUAAAGUGCCUGCCUGGGCUCUCAGGCCCAAAAAAACAGUCAAAUGUUUUUUAUGUUUUCUUCUCCGUCUCUUUCUUCUUCUUCUUCUCUCUCUUGUUUUUGGUUGUUGAUGGCUGUGACAGUGUUGCGCUUGUCCUUCUUUGCAUCUUCAUGGAUCUUCUCUGAUAUUGUGAAAUAGGUGGAUAAACUAAUAAAAUGGCUAUGACAACA